CGAGCCAGCGGCUGAGGGCGAGCUCGGAAGGGCGCGAGCAAAACCCCCCAGGCAACCGUCGCUGGGAAAGGCGGAGCGCCGGGUGGCUCUCCGUGCGUGGCUCCAGCAGGACCGUCUGCACUCGCAGCCUCCGUUCGCGAUCGGGGUUGAUGCAACUUUUGAAGACCUGUCCCGAGAGGCUGCAGGAGGGGGUGGAAAAGACACACACACACCCCUCUCUCCUGGGCAAGGAGAUUUCUUUCUUUUAUUUUUCUGGGUGAGGUUGGGCUCUUCUCUUGUCUCCAAAUCGUGGAUACGUUUGCUGAGGACAUGAGUCGAACUUGAUGAAGCCUGUGCAAAGGAAGGAACCCUAUGAUUUAUUAUCCACCAUUCUCCGGAUCAUUCUGCUUAUCUUUUUUUUUCAGGUCAGCUCAGUGCUGUUUUUCUAGACCCUUGUUCUCUUAAUAUGGCAAUGGUGCCCAUCUGAGCGUUGCUGGGACUGGAAAGGAGUCCUGGGUCCAGCUUAUGGGUGAAAUGGGUGUGACUGGGAGCUCCACCAGCUUGGGCAGUGGGUGUUACUAAAGAAGCAUUGGAGGGGACCCAGCUCCUACCCUAAACCAUGCAGCUUGUCAAGACGACACCCCUUGGCCUGGUUUGGCUUCUGGGCGCCCUGUCUGCCUUUGCCCAUGGAACAUCUCCCCAGGUGCCAGUAAAAGGAGAUGGCCUUGAUGUUGGCAGAAAGGGCAGGGAGUGUGGAUCGUGGUGCCAGGCGGUCACUCCACUGCCCUGGCGAGUGGUGGCACCCAGGACUAUGGGUGGCUUCCCUUUGGGGAGUGUUGCUCAGGCUUCCCUGCAGAAAGGGCGUUUAGCUAGAUCCAAGGCUACAGCUAGAGAUUUGGGGGACUGGGGUCCCUUGGAGAGUUAUGAUCGUGCCAGGGGCUGGACUGCAGCACAAACUGGCCAACAAAGAACUCACCCGCUGAAAGCCACACAUCAUUCCAAUGGCCCUUUGCAAGGAAGUGGCGAGAGCCAGCUGAAUAAAGACCUUUCUGUAGUCUUGGAGGCUGGGAGAUACUCUGAUCUCCCUGGGGCACAGGUACAGAAGAAGGAAAGCAGUAGAAACCCAGGAAGCAUUAGCUCCAAAAGGCAUGUAAGAACCAAGAGGGGAGCUGGGCAGCCCCAGGACAGAGGGAGAUCAAGAGAAGUCAAGGCUCUCACGGAUAGCCUUGUAAGGAACUUCAGUGACUCAAUGGACAGCCAGAUGACUCCUUCUCCUGGGCCAGAAAAUGAUUUUCCCCAGGCGUUGCCUUUGAAUGGUUCCACAGAUGGCUCUUUCAGGAAUGGUACAUUCCGACCAGCCCGGGUCAAGAACCCUUUCUACCCGCUGACUGAGGAAUCAUAUGGUGCCUACGCGGUCAUGUGCCUGUCGGUAGUGAUCUUUGGCAUUGGGAUAAUGGGCAACAUGGCAGUGAUGUGCAUCGUGUGUCACAACUACUACAUGAGAAGCAUCUCCAACUCCUUGCUGGCCAACCUAGCCUUCUGGGAUUUUCUCAUCAUUUUUUUCUGCUUGCCUUUGGUAAUCUUUCAAGAGCUCACCAAAAAGUGGCUGCUGGACGAUUUCUCCUGCAAAAUUGUACCGUACAUCGAGGUGGCAUCCCUUGGAGUAACUACCUUCACGUUAUGUGCCCUCUGCAUAGACCGUUUCCGCGCCGCCACGAACGUGCAGAUGUAUUACGAGAUGAUUGAAAACUGUACGUCAACAACCGCCAAGCUGGCUGUCAUAUGGGUCGGGGCUCUGCUGCUGGCGCUCCCUGAGGUGGUUCUGCGCCAAUUGACUAGAGAAAACUCCGAAGCCAGUGGGAGCCCUCCUGUGGAAAGGUGCGUGGUGAAGAUCUCUCCCCACUUGCCGGACACCAUCUACGUUUUAGCCCUCACGUACGAUGGCGCGAGGCUCUGGUGGUAUUUUGGCUGUUACUUCUGCUUGCCUACCCUCUUUACCAUCACUUGCUCUUUGGUGACGGCGAGGAAAAUCCGGAAGGUGGAGAAGGCCUGCACGAGGGGAAACAAGCGGCAAAUUCAACUGGAAAGCCAGAUGAACUGCACAGUCGUGGCUUUGACCAUUUUAUAUGGUUUCUGCAUCAUUCCUGAAAACAUCUGCAACAUUGUCACCGCCUACAUGUCCACGGGGGUGUCUCAGCAGACUAUGGACCUUCUGCACCUUAUUAGCCAGUUUCUGUUGUUCUUCAAAUCCUGUGUGACUCCGGUUCUCCUUUUCUGUCUUUGUAAACCAUUCAGCCGAGCCUUUAUGGAGUGUUGCUGUUGCUGCUGUGACGAGUGCAUCCAAAAGUCCUCCACCGUCACAAGUGACGAUAAUGACAAUGAAUAUACCACAGAGCUUGAACUCUCCCCUUUCAGUACUAUACGUCGUGAAAUGUCCACAUUUGCCUCUGUUGGGACUCACUGUUAACUCACCCUUUUGAUCAACACGCAGGUCCAACUUGCAAAAUCGGUCGGGGUUGUUCUGUCGACUUCGGUGGGACCCUGGGUUUUACGAUUCGAUUUGAUUUCAACAUAGUUUAUGUUGAGGAACAAGAAGCAAACGGAAGUCCUGUAAGGCCUACUGUAAACUGGUUUGCAUAUUAACAUUUGCUUUGAGAAAUAAGUUUUAGUCACUAAAAACAAAGACAUACUGCCAAUGUGGAGUUAUAAAUCAUUUCAUAUAUGGUGCUAGUGCUCUGUGUCUGAAGGGAAGGCAGAAGCCACUCCUAUGUAUCAUUUAAUUUAAUUAUUUUCCGCUAGAAAAUAAUUUAAUCAUUUAAUUUAAUUAUUUUCUGCUAGAAAAUUUUCUGCUAGAAAAUAAUUGGCUGCUAAAAAACAAACAAACCUACAUUGAGAAUGAUCCAGCUCAUGCUAAGCGUUUCUGAGGUCCCAGGAAAUGGUGCAUGAAGCCAUCACCUUGGUGAAGCUAUGGAGGUCUGAUUCUAGUCAGUUCCUGGAUGGGGGGCCGUGGGGGAGCCAUACUUACAUUGCCUUCUGUUCCAUGUUGGGGGAAAAAGAUGGGAUAUAAAUGAAGGAGUGGAAGAAAUAAUGCUUGAAUCCUAAUCACAGUUAACCUAAGAACCUUCACUGAACACAUUGAAGUUGCUUGUGAGUAAAUGUGCAAAGGAUUCUCUAUUGUGCCACCAGUUUCCCCUGUAGCAAUUAGUGGUCGACAAAUACUAAUAACCCCAUUGAUUUCAGUGGAAGAAAGUGAAGCAUAUUCUUAAAUCUCCUUCAAAGUCAAUGGGACUUGAAAUUGUUUAACGUAGGCUGAACCAGGCACAUUGUUCUCCCUAUUGUUCUCCCUAUUUUUAUGAAAAUAUAUGGUUUGAAGUAUUUAAGAAUAGUUUGGAGCCCCUUUCAUGGGACAUUAAUUUGUUAUUUUAUAAAUAGUAUAAAAUACUUGAGCUUCAUUCUUUGCUGAGCAGCUUUUUAACGGCUCUACCAAAUUAUUUCCACAAUGAGGAAAGCCGUCAUUUGUUUCUUUGCAUUAACUACAAAACUGAAUGAGUCAUAAUUGCAUAGCACUCUUGGCAAUAACUUGUAUUGAUAGCGGAAGGCUGAUUCUCUCUUCUUAUAUGAGUAGCAAUUGUUUAUUUUUAUUUUUAAACAGCACUAGAGCAGACUAUAUUUACAAAUGUAUGCCUGGCUCCUUGGUGCCUGCCCAUUAUUGGAUACCUCUAGUUUUACAUUAUUGCACUGAAUUGGAAGUCAAGAGAUAUCUGCACAGUGGCUUCCCAAUCUUGUAUAUCUAAAGGAAAUAACCUGUGUUAUUAAAACAAAUCCCAUAAUUUUUCAAUGUACAAUGUACAGUCAGAAGAUUUGAUAUUUCUACAAUGGGUAUUUCCUUUCUAACACAUAGAUGUAGAUUAAGUUAUUAUGUUCUUUUCGAUCCAUGGAAUUUCCACUCACAUCAGGGUGUAUUGCCUGUAAUUCCAUUAUUUUCUUUUUACAGUUUUUUUUUUUAAAAUUACACUAAGGGUAUGUCGUCAGUCUGUGUGUAUAAUUCCUGCUGUAAGUGAUGGUGCUGUUGUAGGGGGUGAGAUGUAAGAAUUUGCUACAGAAUUAGUGACAAUAAACUUGAAGGCUUGCAAUGUGUGGUGCAUAAUUUCCGCCCUCCACUCCCAAUUUUCAUUACAAACAUAAAUUGAGUCAAAUUUCAGAAAAUUUGAUAGCAUGUUUUGCUGGCUGUCUCAUGUCUUAUGCAAAAUCCCUACUAAGCUGGCAUCAUCUAUUUACUACUACCAUAAAGAGAAGUGGAAAAAGUCAGCAUUUUUUCAUUCAGUAACUGGAUACAACUUGAGUGGAAUACAAGCAUUCCACCUGUGCAGGAAUAUUAGCUUGCCAGACAGAAAGAUCCCCUCUCCACUCCUCCUGUGCGCUGUUCUGAAAGUUCUUCCAGCCCCUGCAAUCCAAUUUGGGGGGCAGAUGGGGAGGCGAGACUCAUUACACAGGACUUCUGCUGAUGGGGCUUGUUAGCUGAAUUCCACCUUUUAUAUUUGGGCCAUCUUGAAAUACACACACACACACACCUUACCUGAAUUUGUGAAUAAUACACCUAUCUUUUCUAUGAGAUGCAUUUAAUGUUCACCUGACAAGGAAUGGGGGUGGGGAUCAUUGUCCUUGGUCCUUAAGAUUAAAAAUGCAAGGGUUUUUGAACUAUGUUCCUGACCCACUUCAUUCAUAGAUUUGUUAUUCAAUCACUUUCCAGAUGUGCUAAAAAAAUAACUAAAAGGACAUGACUUAACAGCAGCAAGGAAGUCAGAAUAAUGUGAGUCAAAAUUAAGCAAAACUAGUACAAAGCUUUACAAAAGAUUGCCAGUUUUUUAUUUUAUUUUAUGCAGCCUCUGAUCCUGCUCUUAAAGCACAACCAGGCACACAGCAAUUAAACAGGUGUAACUUUUACAGCUUAAAUCUGUGCUGGAAAAGGCUUCUAUGUGUCGCUUUGCCGUUAAGAGCAAAAAAAAAUAAAGGCCACUUAUUGUUGAGUUCAGUUGGUAGUGGAACAAGAUAAAAAUGGGUGAGGUUGCACAGUCAGCAAGAGGUAGUUGAAGCAUAGUAUCAUGUUUCGUGAUGCUUGGGGCUCUUGGAGGUGGUGAAUACAGUCCGACUUCCUUCUGGGCAAGCUAAAUGCUAGAACACCUGCUUUGCAUGCAGAAGGUACCAGGUUCAAUCCCUGCCAUCUCCAGGUAGGACUGGAAUGCUCCCUGUCUGAAACUUGAGAGCCACUGCUUGUCUUUGUAGACAACAUUUGACUCCAUCUAAAGCUGCAUCCUGUGUUCCCAUGUCUCAUGUCUCUUUGGCAGAGGGAUUUCAGGACCACGGACAGCUCCUGGUGGGUCCUGCCAGCUGGAGCUCUGGGUCCUAUUGCAACUAACAGAGGAACAUUGCCUCUGCAGACACCUGAAGCUAUCUGAAAUCUUUUGUAGGCUUUUGGAAGCCUGUUCUGUAACUGGCCCCACCUUUCUGAGGGAGGUGCCGGCUCUGUUUGCUAAAGGGUAUUUGCCGGUAUCCAUUGGCUUCUGUGAGGUUGUGGGGUUGGAGGUGCUGUUUGGGACCCAUAUUAUGAGCCCAAGGUUAGAACCAUAUCCUCUGGCAGAUAGAGGAUGGGAGAUAGUACAGAGGGUUCUCUCCUCAGUGGAGCAGUCUGUACCUCAAACUCUGAAUCUCUCUGGGUAUUAUAGCCCCCUAGCACUGGGGGCUACAAUAUGUAGAAGCCAUUGUACAGUAGUACAUAUAGCUAUAAGCACUUCAUCUGUGCCUAGGAGACACAUCUUUAGGGCUGGUCUGUACUUAUCUGGAAACUAAGUUGCAUAGAACCAGUAGGUAUACAUGUGCCCUCUUAGAUGAAACAUAUAUGUCACACACCAUUUCUUAUUUCCUGUUGUCCUUUACGAAAUUCAAUGAUGCUUUCACUUCAAGUCUUUGUAACAAAGACUUGGGAUUGUUUAGGUCCCCCAGUGCUAUUUGAAUCACAUUUUGGAAAGAAUUCUUUAAGAAGGAGAAGGAGAACCUGUCACCUUUUCCUAAUCAUAACCCUGCUAUUGUCCACUGAUGUUGUUAGAAUUAUUAUUAUUCUUAUUUAAUAUGGGUGGGAUAUAUUAUCCCCAUGACAAUCUGUGAGAAUUGGUUGUUUCUAAGGUGUGUUAGCACUUGACGUGUGUGAUUACCUGGUUUAGUCCCUACAAUUCUUUUACUUCAAAUUAAAAUUGGUCACUUUUUAAGCUUAAUACUGAGACAACAGUUUCAACAAGUGAGAAGGUAAAUUACCAAACUGCCUCCUUGAGUACCUUAAAUUUGUUUCAGGUGAAAAGAUUUUCUAUCCCCCCCCCCUUAAUGCAUGAUGCUUUUAAAAAAUGAAACUAGAAGCCUUCCCACUUUUGCACACUCCAUUAAUUAGAAAGUGCACAAAUCUAAUAAAUUCUGCUCAUUACCCAAUUUAGUUACAAGUACACCAGUAACCAAAUUGUUUCCACCUUAGUAAACUUAAGGAAACGGUUGAAUAUUGCUGAACCAAGCUGUCCCUUAAUUCAGCGAGGGCUUUCCAUUCAGGAGGGGAAAUUCAUGGCAGAUGCUGCAGAUUGAAAUCACAAGUUGCUUGGAAUGUGCCUUACUCAGAGUAGUCAGUGUGGGCUCUCUCAUCCCUGACAAUUGGCCAUGCUGGCUGGAGCUGAGUGGACUUGCGGUGCUACAACAUCUGGAACUACCAUCGUCCUAGAUAGCUGAGGACUCAGACUGCUUUGUGCAGCCUAAGACUGGUAAAAACCAACAACCCAGAAGAAGAAGAAGAAGUGUGCAUGCACACGAAAGCUCAUACCUAUGACAAACUUAGUUGGUCUCUAAGGUGCUACUGGAAGGAAUUUACUUUUAUUUUUUGUUUCGACUACGUCAGACCAAUACAGCUACCUACCUGUAACAACAAGGCAGGACAGCUUUAAACUUUUGAAUUGGCAAGAGAGCUGAUUUGGGAUUUUGGUAUACUAUACAGAUAGUGUUUGGGGACUAGCGGCGCCUCCCUUUGUAUGUUUCCACUCUCGUAAUGUAUGCUUCGCUGGAUAAUAUGUGAACGAAACAAGAUUGUUGUUAAGGCACUGUGAAUCUUGAGUGCUCUCUCUCUCUCUCUAGAUUAUUCAUGAGUCUCUCUGCUCAAGGAAGCACAAAAAUGCUUGGGAAGUGUAGCACCAUGCUGUGUGUGUAACCGUCAAUGUUUCCUAUAAAUUUACCGGAGCGUCAAGGGUAAAAUUUGCACUAUAAAGGGAGUAAUGGUAACACGGUUGUGGAGAACCUCCUCUGCCUUCCCCCACAAUGUUGCUGAAUUACAACUCCCAUCAGCCCCAGAAGUUACACCCAAUAGCCAGAGUUUAUGGGAGUUGUAGUUCAGCAACACCUGGAGUGCCACAGGUUCCCUGUCCCUGCGGUAUAGGCCAAAACUGACCUGCAAAUGUAGUAGAUAGGAUAAAAC